UACUGCUAUGAUGUAAUAUCGACUGUUAUCAUAUGCGUUUUGCAGUGACUGUAACUACUUAUUUAAAAAUAGUGCAAAUCAUCGCGAAUAAUCACAGUAAUAAAAUUGCUAUCUUAUCUACACCGUUAUAAGCUUGUAUUUUCUUAGAUUAUAGCUUUUCGAUCGGGAAGCAAGAUUACAUUUAUUCUUAUUUAAGGAAUGGACUUCAACCAAUGAACAAAACUGCAAUUCUUGAUAAAUCUUAUUACAAAAACAAAAAAAAACAACGACACUCAGGCCUGGCAGAUAGUAUGAGUAGUUGAGUACUUGUACAUUUCGUCCGUCUACUUGUUACAGUACCAAGAUCAUCUUGUUCAAAUGAACAAAGUUUUUCGGUUCUUCACAGUUUAAAAACGUAUCUAGGAUCAACAAUGUUGCAAGCAGUGCUGUAAAACUUCAUUCAAUUCAAUUGAAACUGAAUGUGGAACACAUUGACGAUCUCUCUAAUGCAGUAAACUUCACUCUCUGACACACACAAUGUUUGCUGACGGCCCGAACGGGCAGCAUUCAGUCAUCACUCGUUUCUCUUCAAUCGAGGCUUAGUUUAACCACCGUCAGUUGAUCUCUUGAAGUAACAAAAUAUCUCUUUCAAUAGUGUGAUAGCGGCCUUCAAAUGAGGUUCAUGUAAACAUUCGAAUUGGUUCAAGAUAAUAGAUGAAAGACUAAUCAGAUAGCUGAAAUAUCAAUCACAGAAUACACAUAAAUUAAUUGUUUCCUCCUUAAGUUUUCAUUUUUAACACUUUACUCCAUUUAUAAUUCUAUUCGAUCGAAAUUGCUUACUACCAAGAGCGAAAACUAUGAAGCAGCUAGACUACUUGGCACUUGAAACUGAGCAAGUAAAACUUCGAAUGACUAGGUACGAUUAUUCAACUGACGAUGAAUGCUGGGAGCUUCACUUGGAAUUGGCAGCAUAAGUCAAAUGAAUUAGUAGGGAUAUGCUGACGGUCAGUGGCCAUAAAUUUCAUUUUCAUCGUAUAUUAUUCGAUUGAAAAUGAAAUUUUACCGCACUGGUUGCAAGAUCGGCUCAAUAAUGUUGCUAUUUUACAUGUUUAUCGCACAUAACUGACAAAUUCGAUUGAGAAAAAUUGUUAGACGACUUUUUUCUGCGAAAUGCAAAGCGCAGCUCUGAAUGAUGCACUCGUUUACAUCUCUGUCAAGAUGGUUUUUAUAAAAACGACUAUUUGGCGUGCAUAUUCUAUACACGAGUCCUGACUUGGAAAAAAUCUAAGAGCAAAUUCAGCACCCGGAAGUUUUAUAUGGGAGAUCUUUAAUAGAACUGAAACUGGAACAAACGUAUCUCCAGCAAGCCGUUUUAGUUUUAUUUAUUCAAACAUUUUUACUGUCAGAAUUUAAACUGGUGUACGCUGCUGGGGCUGCCAGUUUUUUUGUUAUAAUUUCCAGAUUGAAAUUUUAAAACUGACAUAAAUGAUGCAUCUCGAACUUGAACACUCCUGAACAUGCCCUAAGUGUCAGGAGGUUCGUGGCACUGAUAAUGUAAUAACGACUGUCCCAUAAAGGACGCAACCAAAAAUCGUUGCCAUUUCUAAAUGGUUCAGAAUCUGUCAAUUUUUAUAGCUGCGUCCUGUGGUUUACACUCUUCUCUAACCACAUGUGUAGUUGUUUAUUUGUUUUCAUUAGAUUGUUUCGAAAUACGUGGACUUUCAGCAGAACAUCGUCGAAAAAUUCUGUACAAAUGGUGCACAGAACGCGGACUGUCGCUGAGAAAGAUAGCAAAAAUGGAAGGAGUAAGUGAAAAAGAGUGCAAUCAAAAAUUUCGGCGAGGAUAACACCUUUGAGGAUAAACCGCAAACGGGUCGAAAAAAAGGUCCUGCUAACCCUCAGUUGGAUAAACGUAUACUGAAGGCGUUCGAGCAAAAGAGGGUUCGAAAGCUGUACAAUACGAUUCCUGCUGGAAAUUUGAACUGCAUAAUCAUGGACGACGAAACCUCCGUGAAACUCGAUUACUAAUCCUUGCCGGGACCACAAUAUAAUAAAGUUCGAGAAGGGCAAGUGUUAAACCAGUCCGAGACAUCGAUUGAAGUCGAAAAAUUUGGUAAGAAAGCUAAUUUGUAGCAUUGGUAAGAUUUCGAAACCCUUCAUCACCACUGCUUCAAUGAACAGCGAAAUAUACAUCAAGGAAUGUUUACAAAAAACGACUUCUACCCAUGAUUCGAAGCCACAAGGAUCCUGUUGUCUUUUGGCUAGAUCUUACUUGUGUGUAUGUAACGUUUUUUUGCACUAACUUUUCUCGGAGAUGGCUGACCCGAUUUUCACAAACUUAGAUUCAAAUGAAACGUCUUGUGGUCCCAUAAAAAAUUCCUGAAUAUUAUUUGGAUCCGACUUUCGGUUCCGGAAUUAUGGGGUAAAAUGUGCAAAAAAGUGUGAAAAUAAGUGCACUAACUUUUCUCAGAGCUGACUAAACCGAUUUUCACAAACUUAGAUUCAAAUGAAAGGUCUUGUGGUCCCUUAAAAAAUUCCUGAGUAUUAUUCAGAUCCGACUUCUGGUUCGGGAGUUAUGGGGUAAAAGGUGCGAAAUAAAGAAAAUAUGUGUUCUAACUUUUCUCAUAGAUGGCGCGAUUGAUUUUCACAAACUUAGGUUCAAAUGAAAGGUCCUGUAGUCCCAUGUAUAAUUCCUGAAUUUCAUGCGGAUCCGACUUCCGGAUCCGGAAAUAUAGGGUAAAGUGUGUUAAAAAUUUUAUACCGUCACUUAAAAUGGGGAAAAACCUAAAAAAAUUCUAAAUCCACCUCAAAUCUUUUCCAAUUGAUAGUUUUUAUCAGUAGACGGUCAAACAAACCGAUUUCGGUUAUUCUUUUGAGAAUCGAAGAAAAUUGUUCUGAAGAAUACCACAGUAUUAUAUAUGAUAGUAUGAUUGAUAUGAGAAAGGCAUCAUUACACCACUAGGUGGAUUAAAACAGGUUUUAUUUAGUAGACACGAAGUCCGGCUCAUUCCAUUGUCUGCUGGGCGAACCAGACUGACGAAUUGACUUUCUUUGCAUCGUCCCGAAUCGAAUGGCUCGGAUUGCGUUUAAAGUAAUCCUUCAUAUUCCUUGCGUUCGCGGAGUUAUUAUUCACUUUUCUUCCACUCGUCGCUGGAUUUCCUUGAACGACUUCGACUACGGUCGAAUCUACGAUCCCGAACUGUUCCACGAUUCUCCUGCGGGACUGGCCUGGAUAUUCCUCGACUGCGUCCAUAAUUUUUUGCUUUACAACUCAGUGAAAAUGGAGGCAAUUCAUUUAUCCAAUAUCAUUAUUUGACUUCUGUAUACAAAUAGGUGGCCUAUUAUACCAGUACUAUCUUCGUGACUGGCCACAACUCGGUUGUGGUAUUGAUAUUUUAUGGUAGGCCACACCGACUCUUUUAAACAUAGGUUUUUGAUUAAAUGAAGUUGUCGGUUUAAAAUGUUAUCUGCAUCUGAUUUUCUGUAUGAGUAGAACAUUACAAGCAGCCAUUGAAUUUUAUCCAGAACUGAAUAUCGGUUCUGGGGUAACGAGUUUGUUGAACUGAACAAUAUGAAUGACAACCAAGAAGGGUGGACAAGCCGUGAUGAAUAAGUUCGGAUAAAAGGGAAUAAUAUGGCUCAAGAAGUUUGCGAAGUUUGCGAAGUUUGGAUAGCAUUUUAAGCAGUUUGUUUUUAGGUAAUUAUCCACAUUUGAAAGUUCACUCGACGCAACCGAACAAACUUCUAAGCAGCUUCUAGAAUACAUUGUACGGCUUCAAUGCAGCGUACAAGUACACACGGAGCUUGUUCUGUAUUUUUAAGUUGCGAAGAGUUUCACGUGUACUUUUAAGCAACGAGAAAGUGGAUGUUUUAAGUAAGGCUGCUGUCAGAGAGAACGCGAUUUGCGAGGCGGUGGAAAACGUUUUGAUGCGAUGCACUUUUGCCGCAUCACAUUCACUCUGACAGGUUUGAUUUGAUCAAAUAUAACUAGCUCACAUGCGCGUCCGGUAACUUCGCGUGAUGCUUUCACUCUGACAGCAACCUAAUUGAUUUAAGCUUUUUGUGUGGUUCCGAUUCUCAACACCCCGCUUAUAGGGCGAGAACUCUUUUCUUACUUAAACUUAAAAAUUUACAACCAAGCUCUUUUUGCAUUUGGAACGAAUCCCUCUAGCAAUGCCCUGUCCUAAAAUCUGUGCCUUCAAAAGUCUUUAGCAAGGACGGUCGCCAAUAUCGAAAUCUUCGGCUUUGAAGUGACAAAAUCAAUUGAUUCAUGUUGCAUAGUUUACAACAGCUUUUCAAUACACCGUUUGGAGCUGUCGAUACGCUUCAGCUGCUGUUUUUUCAAGUUUAAGGCACAAAUCGAUACUUAUCUCAAGUGAAGAUGCCUCUAAACAACUUUAUAUUGUUUUCGCUUGAUGCCGAAACUAAUCCAGUUCAGACCCUAAAAACUAUCAAACCCAUAUAUUUGACAGCAGUGUUAGGGUCGAAAUCGAAUAGCAAAAACAAAAACGAGAUUGGAAAUCUCAUUCAAUCGAAAGUAGAUAUAUAAUACCAAAAAAACGUGUCAGAUCAAUUCAUACGUCAUUGUGUUCUCACUGGUAGACUUUCAAACAGUGAAAAUUUUAUUGCGCGACUAAUACUAUGCGAAUUUUACUACGAAAUGCAUACGAUAUGAAUUUUUAUUGCUUUGCGUUCCAUGGCAAACGAUUCGUAAAUAAGAAAUUAAUUAAAAGAUUUUUCGAAGUAAAAUUCGCAUGAUGAGUUUUUCUGAUAUCGUUCAACAACUUCACACUGCCUUCGCUAGUGGAAAGACUAGAAAUGUUGAUUUUCGAGAAAAGCAACUCAAAAAUUUGCUUCGUAUGUACGAGGAAACGCAUACCGAGAUGGCACAAGCAUUGGACUCAGAUUUGAGGAAGCACAAACAGGAAGCAUACGUGAUGGAGAUUGAGUUUCUUAUGAAUGACUUGCGUACCAUUAUUUUCAACUUUCGAGAAUGGGUAAAAAUGGAGAAGCCACCGAAGACGAUAGUAAAUAUGAUGGAUGGUGUGUUUAUCUACAAGGAUCCAUAUGGCGUGGUGUUAGUCAUGGGAGCUUGGAAUUACCCACUACAACUUAGUCUGGCUCCCGUGGCGGCUGCUAUAGCUGCUGGAAAUUGUGUACUCAUCAAACCAAGUGAAGUAGCUUCAGCGAGUUCCAAGUAUAUAGCUGAAACUCUUCCAAAGUACUUGGAUAGUGAAUGCUACCGCGUCGUUGAAGGAGGUGCGAAGGAGACCUCCGAAUUGUUGCAGCAGAAGUUCGACUACAUAUUCUAUACUGGGUCUGGUAGGGUAGGAAGAAUCGUACAUCAGGCUUGCUCGGCAAAUUUGACGCCAUGCACACUGGAAUUGGGUGGAAAGAGCCCUUGCUAUAUCGACAAAACAGCGGACAUCGUAAUUUCUACGAAACGAAUUCUGUGGGGAAAAUUUAUCAAUGCUGGCCAAACUUGUAUUGCACCAGAUUAUAUUCUAUGUUCUAAACAAGUACAAGAUCAGUUUGUGAAGGAGGCUAAGUCGGUGCUGAAGGAAUGGUACGGAGAAAAUCCGAAACAGAGCCCAGAUUUGUGUCGAAUUAUUAAUCAACAGCAUUUCCAGCGUUUAAGCAGCUUGAUCAAGGGAGCUAAUGUGGCCAUCGGUGGUGAUAUGGACCCGGACGAUAGAUAUAUUGCUCCAACUAUUCUAACCGAUGUGAAACCUAGCGAUCCGGUGAUGCAGGAUGAAAUUUUCGGUCCCAUUUUGCCAAUACUAAUAGUGGAAAAUGCAUACGAGGCAAUUAAGUUUAUCAAUGCAAGAGACAAACCUUUGGCUCAAUACAUAUUUAGCAACAAUGAGAAAGAUCGAGAACUAAUAAUUGCUAAUACUUCUUGUGGCGGACUGUGUAUCAACGAUACUUUGGGACACUUUGCAGUUGAAUCGCUACCAUUCGGAGGUGUUGGCGCUAGUGGCAUGGGAUCGUACCAUGGCAAGUACGGUUUUGAUACAUUUACCCAUAAAAAGUCUUGUCUGUUGAAAGAUUUCAGCGCCUUAGGAGAAAAGUUAGCUUCCUCACGAUAUCCUCCAUAUAGCGAGGGAAAGUUGUCUUUUCUAACUACAAUUCUGAAGAAACGGCAAGGUUUUUCGAUGAAAUUUCUACCAUACAUUCUUACGUUUGGAGUUGGGGUUGCAUCUACAUUGUUGGUGAAAUUUCUAUCAAAGGAUUAUGACUAAAUGAAAAUAGGAGAGAUAACAACGACUGUAUACUUCUGAUACUUUCGACACUUAUACAGUAGACUGGUACAAACUAAAAUGGAGAAUUUGCUCCGUAAUACGGCUGAUUAUUGUUAUGGUAUUAUGAUGCUUUUGCGUGCAGCAGAAUCUAGCCCACUUUCUAACAUCACUGCUGUUUACCCGUUUCUUUACAACACUGCUUAGCGUAAAUCCAAUCCGGCGGAGUAAUAAUUUUACCAUUAAAUUUUCGCGAACUUCUUAACAGAUAUUAUUAUUCAAAAACAUUCUAUGUUUCAUAGUUAUCACUACACUUGGAAAAUAUUAUAAUGUUAAGGCAUAACCGAUUACCUUCAAACUUCGCGCAACAGAACACUGUGUUAAAGCAAUGUAGUGAACAUUAUAAAAUUGAUCUAGUCGAAUGUAUAGUGCUGGGUGAUUGCACAGGGCUUAUGAUUAUACUUAUGAUUAUUGUUGUUAUGUUUAGAAUAGAUGUUAAAAUAAUGUUUUCAAUUUAAACUAGAAUCAUCAUUUGAUGGUUCAAUGGAUUAGGAUGAAGUUAUUAUACUAAAUAUUGAACAAUCAA